UUGUAUAUCCUUGCUGACUUGACUUUGGUUACACGGUGGGUGUCCCAGUGAUAGGCACAUGCUCAGGCUGGAGAUCCGGGAGCGGAGCGCCUGAAGUGAAGCGCCCAUCUGCAACGCACGCCCAUCGGCUUUCAGGUAGAGGUGGAUACCCGCGGGGAGGACAGGGGAGACACACUCAUAAACACCAUUCGAUAUGGCACUAGCCAGAGGUUCAGGGGCGGGCCAGGAACAGAGAGAUGCAGCCGACCAAAACUUUGACUACAUGUUUAAGCUGCUGAUCAUCGGCAACAGCAGUGUGGGAAAGACAUCCUUCCUGUUCCGCUUCGCAGAUGACUCCUUCACUUCAGCCUUUGUCAGCACAGUGGGCAUCGACUUCAAAGUCAAGACCAUCUACAGGAACGACAAGAGGGUCAAACUUCAGAUCUGGGACACAGCCGGGCAGGAGCGCUACCGGACCAUCACCACAGCUUACUACAGAGGAGCCAUGGGAUUCCUGCUAAUGUACGAUAUCACAAGCCAGGAGACGUUCUGUGCUGUACAAGACUGGGCAACCCAGAUCAAGACGUACUCGUGGGGCAACGCUCAAGUAGUGCUGUUAGGCAAUAAGCUGGACCUGGAAGAGGACCGGCAGGUCCCCACUGAAGAUGCCCAAAGAUUGGCUGCAGAGCUCGGCUUUGAGUUCUUUGAGACCAGUGCCAAAGACAACAUCAACGUGAAGCAGGUUUUUGAGAAGCUGGUUGACGUCAUCUGCGAGAAGAUGAACGAGAGUGUCAACGGUGAUGCCAGUCCGUUAGCCAAUCACAAGGAGGCCGGCCUAAAGGAGACGCCCCGCAGCAGCGCGGGUGGCUGCGCAUGCUGAUGGAAACAUCUAUUAUUGUGAACGUACUUCUUCAUGUUACUGCAAUACGAUCAUGGAUGCUUGGCUCCGUUUUUCUUUAAUGUGAUCUUUUCACAACUUGAUUGCGACUCAAGCUUCAUUGUAAUUCAAAUGUACUGUUAACACUAAGAUGCCAAAGAGCUGCAGUGAGCAGCUGUGCCUUUUAUUAUUUCUUGUUUAAUAGGUAAACAGCACCUGUUGCAGGUGAGGAUGUGAAUAAAAGGCUUAAGCCAAAUCAGCAUGGUGUGGGGAUCACUGUGAUUUACUUGUGUCAUGCUACCCUCUUGUGGGAGCUGUAUGAAGCUGCAUCACUGGGGCUCAUUACCACACACUUUGUCUCUUGGGAACUUGUAAUCCUGCUGAGAAAGAAGGCUCAUAACCGUUCAGUACAAAGUCAAACAUACCUAAGGUUGAAGUCAUACGUACCUGAAAGGUGCUUUGUCAUUCCAGCUCUAUGUGUGCAGUCCAGACUUAUUACUCUUUUGGAGGGAUAUAGGCAUCUGCUUUUAAUUUAUAUUUUUCUUUUUGUACAUUUUAAUGGUUAAUACUAGUUUUUGCCAGGGUUAUUGUGUCUCUCUAAAAGUGGUUAUUAAAAGAUGUUGAUCUAUACAGUAUGUCUGUGGGUUUUGAUUUGAAACGAUUAAAUAAUCUUACUGUAUUAAACAACACUUGUAAAUAAUAGGAAAUGUUUAAUGGUUCUCUACAAGUUUCCAAACAGUGUUGAUGUUAGAAAUUAGUCACUUUAAAAUGGAAUCAAUAAUUUAAAUGUUAUCUUCAAAGUGUUAGAAAAUGAAAAUUUG